AUGAGCAUGCGAUUUGGUCAAGUUCCUAUAAUUGUUGCUUCAUCUCCUCAUGCUGCUGAACAAUUCUUGAAAAAACAUGAUCUUAUUUUUGCGAGUCGACCAAAGAAUAGAGUUGCUCAAUUUGUCGCGUACAAUCAGAGAAAUUUGACGUUUGCAAAAUAUGGACCUUAUUGGAGAAAUAUGCGAAAAUUGUGUACGUUAGAAUUGCUUAGUACUCUGAAGAUCAAUUUGUUUCAAUCCAUGAGAAAGCAAGAAGUUGGAAAUUUUGUGACUUUUAUCUAUCGAGCAGCUACUAGUGGUGUUGAAGUUGAUAUUAGUGCCAUGAGGAUUGGAGAUUCUAGUAGCGAGCAGUGGCAUCCUGCAAAGGAUGCUGCCCGGGAUUUAAAAGACUGUGUUAGAAGACUUUAUACACAUGCUUAUUACUCUUGGAGCGAGAUUCCAAACACUAUACACCAGGCGAUGUUUAAUGAAUUUAAGACUAUGUGUACUUGGGAGCCGAGGUACAAUUUGGUCAUUACGACCACAUUUGAGAGGAGGGCAUCCGCCAGACUGUCUAGCUGGCUAAAGAAAGUUCGGGAUAGUGGUGAACGUUCGGAUUGGAUGUUGCCUCAUGUUUUUAAUGAAUUUGGUCUGUAUUGGAACACAAACAAGUUUAAGGCAAUGUCAGAACAAGCCAAAAAGGCUAGAGGCAAUCUUAAGGAUGGCUCGUUGCACACUAGAGGUGCAAAGACCGUUGGAACAAUUGCAAGAGAGAUGAUUGUCUAUAUGCUUUAUGAUAUGAAUUGA